AUGGAGUUGGGCAAGCUGGUGGAGGUCCUCAAAUCGUUGGCCCCCGUAGAGCUGGCAGGGAGCUGGGACAACGUGGGUCUCCUCUUGCAACCUUCGCAGAGGAAAGACGUCUCCCUCAUCGUACUCACGAUUGACCUCACCGAGCAAGUUUUGGAUGAAAUCAUUCGCAUCAAGAAGGAGAAGGGGACGGAGGGAACGACGAUGAUCGUGUCCUACCACCCGCCCAUCUUUCAAUCGAUGAAGCGUCUCACUCAAGCCGACGUCAAGCAACGCAUCGUGAUUCGUUGCAUAGAAAAUCAGUGCGCCAUCUACUCGCCUCACUCUGCGCUGGACAGCGUGGCUGGCGGCAUCAACGACUGGCUUGCUGAAGGCCUGGGCGAGGGCCACAGCGAGGUGCUGCAGUCGCUCUCUUUCCCCAAGGAUAGCAACUACACCCACAAGGUGGUGGUCUACGUGCCCGAGGACUGCGUCGAUACUAUGCGAUCAGCGCUCGCCGACAUCGGAGUCGGGGCGAUCGGAGCGUACAAGCAGUGUGCUUUCUACAAUCCAGGCGUGGGCAGCUGGUUCGCCACUGACGCUUCGAAUCCAGAACCGGACCUUGACCCUUGA